GUCCAAUCAGAAUCCAGGAAGCUGGAGCGCGUGUGUUGCUCGGGCGUGCGGAUUGAAGCGAAUACGCGUGAGUGACGCGCCUGGUGAGAAUUCCGCUCAUUUAGAGAGGAAGGAGUUGACACUUGGUCAUGGAAGCCAGUAAAGGUAAAGGGGAUCAAGGGAUGCAAAAUCCAGGUGGGCUGGGUGACAGACCUGUCAGCUUCCACUUCUUGGAAAGCAUGCUUCCCAAAGCAGUGAAGAGGCGAGUGCAUGCCUUGAAAAGACUACAGGUGCAAUGUGCUAACAUAGAAGCUAAAUUCUAUGAGGAGGUCCAUGAGCUUGAGAGGAAGUAUGCUGCCCGCUAUCAACCAUUGUUUGACAAGAGACGAGAUAUCGUCACAGGAGCAGUGGAACCCACAGACGAGGAGUGUGAGUGGCACAGUGACAGAGAGGAAGAGGAGGAGCUAGCUGAGGAAGUAAAGGAAAAAGCUACUAUUGAGGAUGCAAAGAAAGAAGAAGCCACACCAGAGGAAGACCCAAAAGGCAUCCCUGAGUUCUGGCUCACUAUAUUCAAGAGUGUGGACAUGCUCAGUGACAUGCUACAGGAGCAUGAUGAGCCCAUCUUAAAGCACCUGAAAGAUAUUCAAGUCAAGUUUUCUGAGCCGGGAGAGCCAAUGAGUUUUACAUUAGAGUUCCACUUUGAGCCCAAUGGUUACUUCAACAAUGCAGUUCUCACUAAGGUCUACAAGAUGAAAUCAGAGCCUGAUUCCUCAGAUCCUUUCUCAUUUGAAGGACCAGAGAUCAUUGACUGUGAAGGCUGUCAGAUAGAUUGGCACAAGGGGAAGGACGUGACAGUGAAAACCAUUAAAAAGAAGCAGAAGCAUAAAGGGCGUGGCACUGUCCGCACUGUUACCAAACAGGUCCCCAAUGACUCUUUCUUCAACUUCUUUAACCCUGUCAAAGCUCCACCAGAUGGAGAAAUGGAUGAAGACUCUGAGUUCACCCUAGCCACAGACUUUGAGAUUGGUCAUUUCUUCCGUGAAAGAAUAGUUCCCAGAGCAGUGCUGUAUUUUACUGGAGAGGCCCUGGAAGAUGAUGAGAGUUUUGAAGAGGAGGAGCUGGAAGAGGGAGAUGAAGAGGAACAAGAUGACGAAGGUGAUGAAGAUGAUGAUGAGGGAGACUUUGACCCCAAGGCAUAAUCAAACAUUCUCACCCCAUGCAUUUCUAGAAAGAACAGCCCCAGCCGGCUGAAUGCAAACAGCAGUAACCUUGGUGAUCAGCGGAGGUGGAGACCUGCUGUCCAUCAAAUCAGUUGUUAACCAAUCAGCAAGUCCUGUUACUCGUACAGGCUCCACCUUUUUACAAACUCAUCUGAACGCAAUAGAACGCAAACCAAACUGCGUUUUUUACUAUGUGCAUGACUUCUUUUUCUUUUGUCUUGCGCCCAUCUCACCCCGUUUAUUUGGCUUCAUUCCAACCCAAAGCAGAAAGUGACUUGACUCUGUUUAAAUUACCACAGCAUCACAUAGGAAAAGUCGUCUUCUCUAAUAAGGUUGAGUAGGUUACUACUGCCAAACUCAGAACAUCAUUAUAUGAAAGAGUUAAAAAAAAAAAAAAAAAAAUCAAAAAGAUUGGAUCCCAAACUUUAGUUUUCAUGGAAAUCGGUCAGUUACUCAGGGUUUUUUAACACCAACACGAUAUGCGAGUUUACCAGGAAACUGCUGAACAAGUUUGACUUAAUCUUUCUCUGGGGGUUGCGUUUUCAUUUGAUAGUUUUUUUUAAAGAGACAUACAAUGUACCAUUUUGAAUUUAAUUUACUUUUUUAAAUGUUCAUUGUCAUGUCAUUGGACUAUUUAUUCUGGUGUCAUGCAGCUAUAUGAUACGGUGCAUUUUGGGGAAUGCUUUAAGGCCCAUCCGCAGUUAUAGGCUCAAAUCUUAUAUGAGCUUAGCAGGUCAACAAAACGUGAAUACUGCCAAGUUUUGUUUUGUUCUGUUUUCAUUUGUUUUGUUUUUAAACUGUCAAAAUGCAUUCAGACUGAAGAUUUGUGUUCUGCAUUACUAGUGCUCACUUCUGCCCAAAUACAUUGGGGUAAACAAGCAUUUACACUGAGCACACUACAAUUAUAAGACAGGCAUGUGGUUAUGCCUCAAAGCUGUCAUAUUGCUCUUCCCUGUUUCUUCCAUCACCCCUAAAAAUGCUCCUUUCUCUUGUGUUAAUAAGCUCAGUAAGAAUAAUUUUUAAAAUUACAGUGUUUGACAGGAAAGGCCAAAAAAACAAACUUUCCCCAUCACAUUCAGUCUGAAUAUUCCCCUCACAGAUGACAGAUUUAAACAGACAUGGUGGCUGAUCCUUAACCUUUUUGUGGCUGUUCAUAAGAGAGCACUUCUGGUAUGUAUCUAGAGCUUAACAGUGUCAAUUAGAGUGGAACAGGGUGCCGGAAGUGUGGAUGAAAUGUAAAUUCUGUUGCCAAGAAGCCAAAAUGAAAGACACCAUCUUGGUUCAUUAAAUUGUUUGCCAAUUGUUAUUAACACAGUGUAAUCUAAUUCAGCAUUUAAAGUUGUUUCAGAAUAUAUAAAUAUUUGUUAUUGUCUAAUGAAUCAGUAGAAUGUGGGGGAAACAGAUGAUAGAAGGUGUCAAUGUAUUUUAUGUACUGCACUGGCAUUUUGGCACCUUUGCCUGAUGGUGGAUCAUCGACAGCAAAAUAUUACCCACCCCUUCGCUCUUUUUAAAAAGAAAGAUUGUAGAUCUUGGACUGAUCUCCAAGCCACGGUUGACAUCUUCAAAUCUACGCAUUGGACCGUGUGCUAGCAAUGGCCUUAACUGGUUCUUAUUCACAAUUUGUUACUUGCGCAAUAUUUCUUUUCAAUUUGUACAGUUAGUUAAGAUAUUCUAUUAAAGUUGUGCGACAUGGAAAUGCAAA